AUGAACGAUGAGGUCCGUCAUGUUCACGUCGAAGUUAAUAUGAAACAAGAGAGUGUCGUUGACUAUGAGCAAGUGAGAGUAGCAGUUGCAGACUAUCUCGGUACAACAUGUGCAUUCUUUACUAAAGGUUCAGUUGCAUUAGCUGAGAACUCGCAACUUUCUGCACACCUGAAUCGCAUUGAUAUUACUGAGAUUGAUGGCAAGAAGAGUGACGAUCUUAAUGAAGAGAAAGUUCUACGCUCGAAUGCUCAUUUAUUUGUGCACGUGUUUAAGCUCAGUGAUGAAGCACCUGCGGAGGAGACUGCAGAUGACGACGAGAGCGUAACAACGUGUCAGCAAACAAUGCUUCCAGCUGUAGCUUUUGAUGGGUUAUGGGAUUCGCUUAUCUUUGAUUCUUCAGUGAAGAAAAAUGUGCUGGACUAUGCUAUGACAGCAAUGCUGUUUUCUGAUUCGAAAGUGAAUCCGCAUAUCAUAUCGUGGAAUCGGGUGGUGUUGUUGCAUGGCCCACCGGGCACUGGAAAAACGAGUUUAUGCAAGUCUCUGGCCCAGAAACUCAGCAUCCGUCUAUCGUCUAGAUACCCGAACGCAAUCCUUUUGGAGAUUAACGCACAUAGCUUGUUUAGCAAAUGGUUUUCUGAAAGCGGAAAACUUGUCAUGAAGCUUUUCCGACAAAUUCAGGAACUGGUGGAGGACGAGGAUUCAUUUAUUUGCGUGAUGAUAGAUGAGGUGGAGUCACUGACAGCAGCUCGAAAGUCUGCAGUGAGCGGAUCGGAGCCGUCAGAUGCUAUUCGAGUGGUCAAUGCAUUGCUAACGCAGUUAGAUAUGUUGAAGCGUCAUUCGAAUGUGUUGAUUCUCACGACAUCAAACAUUACUGAAGCUAUUGAUGUCGCGUUUGUUGACAGAGCAGACAUCAAGCAGUACAUUGGACUUCCUUCAUGUCAUGCACGCUUUAAAAUUUUGCGAAGCUGUGUGGAAGAACUUGGCCGUGUGAACAUUCUUCGACCUAGCAUGCAGCCUCUGUUCACGUAUCAAGAAAUACUGAGAAGACGAUCUAUGAGAGAAUGGAUAGUAGACGAAAUGACAAGCCCACCAGGAGCAGAAAAUGGCAGUGGAGACUUAGAGCUGUCAAUACAGUUAUUGCAAGCGGCAGAAAUGGCCGAAGGAUUCAGCGGUCGUGCACUGCGCAAACUUCCAUUCCAGGCGCACGCUUUCUUUGUGCAGACACAUAAUCCGAGUGUUGCCGAAUUCAUUUACUACUUGAUACAGACCAUCAGUCGCGAGACUAAGCAAAAGCAGCAGCUUUCUAUGGGGUAG